AUGCCGUUAUGCUUCACCUUUGUGGACUUAAAGAAGGGCUUUGACUCACUUGAGACGGGAGCCGUCAUGGAGGUCUUGGACAACCAAGGCGUCCCUGCUCAGUACAUAAAGGUACUUCGAGAGUUGUGCAGCAACUUCACAACCGGAAUUUCGCCAUUCUACAAGAAUAUCAUCAUCGACGUAAAGAGAGGGGUCGGACAGGGUGAUACAAUCUCACCCAAAAUAUUCACAGCCACUCUCGAGAACGCAUUGCGAAAGCUGGAAUGGGACGACAUGGGAGAGAAGGGCGAUGGUGGGCAGCUACACCACUUGCUGACAACAUCGUUCUGA